GGUUGUUACAGACAUCCCGUCACAGGUGCCGCCGCUCACGCCUGGCACCAACAAGAAGAUGGCCGAGGCGCUUAAGGCUACCUUCGCCUCUUGGGAGAAGGAGCAACUGCGCCUCGGCGUACCGAAAGAUCCUCGGCAAUGGAACGAGGCGGCGGUGGCGGCGUGGCUGCGGUGGGCUGCGCGGGAGUUCUCCCUGGAGGGCGUGGCGCUGCAGCAGUUCGCGCGCACGCAGGGCAAGGACAUCUGCGCGAUGGGGCGCGAGCAGUUCGUGGCCCGCGCGCCCGCCUUCAUGGGCGACAUACUGUGGGAGCACCUCGAGAUCCUGCAGAAAGACGUGGAGAAGGAGCGCUCGUUGCUGGCCAACGUCCCGCCGAACAUGUACGAGAGCAACGUGUGCCUCCCGGAGCUGCCCGAGUACAACAUCCCGCCGCCGGCACACCACUACAACAACAACAACAACACCGGUGAGUCCCAACACUAGAACAGCAACAACACU